AUUUGGUGCCGUGGGUGCCUUUUUGUGAACACAUUGUCAAUACGCCAAAACGUCUGUGAUCGACCUGUUGAGGUUGAUGAUCUCCAGAGGUGUGACGCCGGCAGGCGUGCCUCCCCCCGGCUGCGUCUGAUUGGUGGCCGAGCUUGGUGCGGCCGAAGUUGGUACCUUGGAGAGAGGCGCGCAGGAGUCACUGCAGCCGAGCACCGCGCGACGCGAAAUGCCUCGUUUUACCGUCCACAUCCGAGAUGAGUGGCUGGCAGUGCCCUGCCGAGAUACCUCCAACACGAUCCAGUGGCUCGGACUCGAAGCGCUCAAACGUUACAUCAAGAACAAACCAGACAACGGCGGCAUCACGGCCGUGAAGGACACGCGUUUCGUUGUGCGCAGGUGCCAGGGUUUGGGUUUGUUGGACGUGGAUGACACCAUCGAGGAUGUACUGGAGGAUAAUGACUUUGUCGAGCUCGCUAUUGCAGGGGAUACAAUGUCUCCUGAUUUUAUCCCAUGUGAGCCUGGAGUUUCUCAUCUCACAGCGGCUUACAGAGAACCCGGAGAAUAUCUUUUCUUGGACGGCAACAGCCUGACGUCGACAGACCUGGUCAACUUAGGCAGAGGACUCUACAAGAUAAAGCUGACUCCUGAGGCUGAAAGAAAGGUUGUGCAAGCCAGAGAACUUCUGGACACCAUUGUCAAAGAAAACAAAGUCGUCUACGGAAUCACAACAGGUUUUGGCAAAUUUGCCCGAACUGUCAUUCCCGUCAGCAAGCUCAAGGAGCUCCAGGAAAACUUGGUGCGGUCACACUCAGCGGGUGUCGGAAACCCCCUCAGCCCUGAGAGGACCCGCAUGCUGCUCGCUCUGAGGAUCAAUGUCCUGGCCAAAGGACACAGCGGUAUUUCUCCAGAAACUCUCCAUGCCAUGAUCCAAGCCUUUAACGCUUCCUGCCUCUCCUUCGUCCCGGAGAAGGGAACAGUGGGUGCUAGCGGAGACCUUGCGCCCCUCUCUCACCUGGCCCUGGGGCUGAUGGGCGAGGGUAAGAUGUGGUCUCCCAAGAGCGGAUGGGCAGACGCCAAAUAUGUCCUGGAGGCUCAUGGACUGAAGCCAGUAUCACUGAAGCCCAAAGAGGGCCUCGCUCUGAUCAACGGGACCCAGAUGAUCACCUCUCUCGGGGCCGAGGCCGUGGAGCGAGCCCAGGCGAUUGCCCAACAGGCAGAUAUUAUUGCUGCUCUCACUCUGGAGGUGCUGAAGGGAACUACCAAGGCCUUCGACAGUGACAUCCAUUCGCUGCGGCCCCACCAGGGACAGAUAGAGGUGGCCCAGCGCUUCCGCUCACUGCUGGACUCCGACCACCACCCAUCCGAGAUUGCAGAGAGCCACAGGUUCUGUGACAGAGUCCAGGAUGCCUACACCAUGCGGUGCUGCCCUCAGGUUCACGGAAUCGCCAAUGACACCAUUAACUUUGUCCAGAACAUCAUCAACACAGAAAUCAACAGCGCCACUGACAACCCUAUGGUGUUUGCAGAAAGAGGUGAGACCAUUUCAGGUGGGAACUUCCAUGGCGAAUACCCAGCCAAGGCUCUGGACUUUUUAGCCAUUGCAGUCCACGAGCUGGCCUCCAUCAGCGAGAGGAGGAUCGAGAGGCUGUGCAACCCCUCCCUGAGCGAGCUGCCCGCCUUUCUCGUCAACGAGGGGGGGCUCAACUCAGGCUUCAUGAUUGCCCACUGUACUGCUGCUGCCCUAGUUUCAGAAAAUAAAGUCUUGUGUCAUCCCUCUUCUGUGGACUCCUUGUCCACCAGUGCAGCCACAGAGGACCAUGUGUCUAUGGGAGGCUGGGCUGCCAGGAAGGCUUUGAGGGUCAUAGAGCAUGUGGAGCAGGUUCUAGCUAUAGAGCUGUUAGCGGCCUGUCAGGGUAUCGAGUUCCUCCGACCUCUCCGUACCACUACUCCACUGGAGAAGGUCUAUGACCUCGUGCGCAGUGUGGUCAAACCAUGGAUUAAAGACAGAUUCAUGUCUCCGGACAUUGAAGCCGUUCACCGUCUCCUGAUUGACCAGAAGGUUUGGAGUGUGGCCAAACCUUACAUUGACAAGUAUCAGUCAGAGUACAUCCCUGAGUCCCGCCCCAUCUCUCCUACUGCCUUCUCCCUGGAGUCUCCAGCGUCGCCCAGGAAGCGAGUUCGACACGAGUGAAAGCGAGAGUAGUUUAGUUUUUAUGGUUCGCAUAAACUGCAAUUAAAUUUUGCUGAAUGACAAAAAACUGAUUAGACAAAACGAUGUUUUUUCUCUUUCUAUACUAAAGCCAUAUGGUCAUUUGUGAGCCUAUUGUUUUUUAAUCCUUGAAGAUGUCUUUGUAAUUUAAAAUAUAGCGAUAUACAGUAUAUUUCUGCAGUAGUUAUUGAGUGUUGAACGUGUGUGUACUCUGAACCAUACCAGUGUGCACCAGAGGUGUAUUUAUCCAAACUCUUGUUGUCCCUUUAAUUCAGUUUUCAUUGCCACAUGACUACCUCAGCCAUUCUCAUAUGAAAUCUAUCCCAUGAUGUGGCACAAACAGAACUAUCAGUAAAUAUAUUUUUUGUCUGUUAUAAUGGAAAUUUUAAACAAUUGUCAUCUACACAAUUCCAACUUAACAUAAUAAACAUUUUAAUUUGUGAUUA